GUUUUAACAUUUAACAAAAGCAAGAAAACAACAUGGGUGUACAAAUUGUGCCAAUUUCUCCCGGUGAUGGUAGCACAUUCCCCAAGAAUGGCCACACAGUAUCGGUCCACUAUACCGGUACCUUGGAAAAUGGCACCAAAUUCGAUUCGUCGCGGGAUCGCAACAAGCCUUUCAAAUUCACCAUUGGCCGUGGCGAAGUAAUCCGUGGCUGGGAUGAGGGCGUGGCUCAAUUGUCUCUUGGCCAACGUGCCAAAUUGAUUUGCUCGCCCGAUUAUGCCUAUGGCUCACGUGGUCAUCCCGGUGUCAUUCCACCAAAUGCCACCCUCCAUUUUGAUGUGGAAUUGUUGAAGAUUGAGUAG